GGAUCGGAGUAACAAGCCCGCACGCCGCCGGCGGUGACACCCGCCCUGCGUCACUCCCGCUCUCAGGGGCGGGCGGCGGGAGGGGAAGAGACGCCUCCACCCCUCACCGACCGCCGUGUCAGGCCUUUGGGCGGCGUACCGCCCCCCGUGCGCCACAAUGACGUCAGGGGCCAGCGAGGCUUUAUAAGAGGCGUCAGCGGCGGACAGGGAGGCAGACUGUUCUGGCAGCGAGGCAGUUGUGGGCAAUUUGGCGGUAGCGGUGCUGCGCGGCCCGAGCGUCUCACGAUGACCCGUGGGAACCAGCGUGAACUUGCCCGCCAAAAGAAUCUGAAGAAAACUCAGGAGAUCCACAAAGGGAAAAGGAAAGAGGAUAGCUUGUCUGCUUCUCAGAGAAAACAGAGAGACUCUGAAAUUAUGCAGCAAAAACAAAAAGCGGCUAAUGAAAGGAAAUCUCUGCAGGCAGGAGCAAAAUGAGCUGCCUGUAUGGAGAAGAUGAGAGCAUCAAUUAAAGCAAAAGGGCCAAGAAGAUCAUUAAAGUGUCUGGCCAUUGAAUUGUUAAACGUCUAUCUUGCAGAGUUUUUCAACUAGCAUUUGUUUAGAGUAUUUUCUGGUUAGCAUAGGCUUAGUUGUCCGGAGUGCUAUUUCAAAACUGACUAUAUUCUUCUGCAUGCAUAUGAAUAAAAGUACCAAGCAGUAGCUUUACUCCAGCUUUUGCUGUGUUUGUUGGGUUCACUUAAUGGUUCCAGUAAAUGAAUUUCUGAAUCUACAGUUAGACCAGAUUUUCUUGUCUUAAUUCUUGAAGUACAGAUCCAUUCGCAAUGGAACACACUUACAAAAUGUGCUUAACCUUACAGAGAUCUGAACUGUAAAUCUCAUCUUAAAUUAUUUUUACAAUAAAAUGUUGCAUGAAAUACUAAUCUGAAA